CCACCAACCCUAGCCGCGCCCAUUUCCGCAUCUCCCCUCCCGCCGCCGCCGUCGCCACCUCUCCGCCGCUGAGAUGGGUCGAGUGAUCCGCGCGCAGCGUAAGGGUGCGGGGUCCGUGUUCAAGUCCCACACGCACCACCGCAAGGGACCAGCCCGGUUCCGCUCCCUCGACUUCGGCGAGCGCAACGGGUACCUCAAGGGCGUGGUCACCGACGUCAUCCACGACCCGGGCCGCGGCGCGCCGCUGGCCAAGGUCACCUUCCGCCACCCGUUCAGGUACAAGCACCAGAAGGAGCUCUUCGUGGCCGCCGAGGGCAUGUACACCGGGCAGUUCGUCUACUGCGGCCGCCGCGCCACGCUCUCCAUCGGGAACGUGCUGCCGCUGCGGGGGAUCCCCGAGGGAGCCGUCGUCUGCAACGUCGAGCACCACGUCGGCGAUCGCGGCGUCUUCGCCAGGUGCUCCGGAGACUACGCCAUCGUCAUCAGCCACAACCCCGACAACGGCACCUCCAGGAUCAAGCUCCCCUCUGGUGCCAAGAAGAUUGUCCCCAGCAGCUGCCGUGCCAUGAUCGGUCAGGUUGCUGGUGGUGGCAGGACUGAGAAGCCGAUGCUGAAGGCCGGCAACGCCUACCACAAGUACCGCGUGAAGAGGAACUGCUGGCCCAAGGUGCGUGGUGUGGCCAUGAACCCUGUGGAGCAUCCCCACGGAGGAGGUAACCACCAGCACAUUGGUCACGCCUCCACCGUCCGCCGUGAUGCUCCUCCUGGCCAGAAGGUCGGUCUCAUUGCUGCGAGGAGGACUGGUCGUCUUAGGGGCCAGGCUGCCGCUACUGCUGCCAAGGCCGACAAGGCCACUUAGAGUCAUCAUCUUUGCUUAUCUAUUCCUGCCAUGCUCGCCCCUAGAUUAAAAAGGACAUGUAUUCCAGUAUGGAUACGUUGAUGCCUGGUACUCUGAACAUGUUGUUGCUUGGUACUCUGAACAUCUUGAUGGAUGUUUGUCAGUUUUCGUGGUUGCUGUUGGCAAUUUACAUUCCACCUAAAGAAGUUUUUGCUCGGA